AUGUUGUUGAGGAAUCUAGAUUCAAAGAGGCGACUUUGCAACGGCACAAGGUUGGUCGUCACUGAACUGAGACGUUACAACUUUAAGGCGAGGAUGUUGUCUGGUAAUGCACAAGAAGACAUUGUCAUACCUGCGAUGCCUCUCACAUCCAGUGGAGAAGAUGAACUGCCCAUCAUAAUGCGACGAGUACAGUUUCCCGUACGGCUGUCUUUUGCGAUGACCAUUAACAAAUCACAAGGUCAAACUUUUGAUAGAGUAGGAUUGCUUCUGUCUUCACCGGUUUUCACGCACGGACAACUGUACGUGGCGUUUUCGCGUGUGAGGGACUCGCAAUCAAUUAGAAUUGGUAUGUACGGUGACGAUCGUGGUAGAUUUGUCACAAAAAAUAUUGUCUACAGAGAAGUGUUCUAA